AGAGGCGACGCUUUGCACAGUGCCCUGGCAGGCUGCCUUGGCCAGGCCUCGCCGCGAGAGCCGACCGCGCCUCGCCGCCGCGCACCGCCCCGCGCCGCACGCCGCGCCUGACCCGCCCGUGACGCCCCGGCCCCGGCCCGGCAGCUCGCCCCGCUCAGUCUGCCCCGCCGAGCAGCCCGAGCCACUAGCAGCUCCUCGUCAGCGUCAGCGCGAGUCAGCGCCGCCGUGCACUAGUGGCGCGACACCGCGUCCCAUGCGGCGCCGGUCCUGGUCGAGCGCGGCCCCGGCCACAGCCUCAGCCCCGGCGGCGCGCCCGGCCGCGGCCGCCGGCCCCCGCCCCGGACUCCAGCAGGGCCCAGCUGGACGCGCGACUCGGUUCAGCACCGCGGCCUGGACGUUGAGCUGAGCCUCGGUCUUGGCCCCGUCCUGCGGGCCGCCGACGCCACCCCGCAGCUGCUACUGCUACAGCCGCCCCAGCAGCCGGUGGCCGCUGCUGCAGCUGCCGCAGCAGUCGUGGCGGCGGGUGGACGGGACGGGGCGGCCAUGGGGACCUGCCUCUAGGGACCUGCACUGCCAGAGCUCCAGCGCGUGUGUGUGUUUGUGCGUGGUGAAUGUGCGCCCCCGGUCAGCCGCGACCAGGACGCCAUGAGCUGGAAGGAGCUCCUGGAGGCGGCCACGGCCAAGUUCGUCGAACUUCAAGAGGAGCAGGAGCGGCUGCUGCUCCGCGCGCGCGCACGUGCUGAUCUCCUGUCCUGUACGCAGUUCCAGAUUCGAAAUCCGCGAACGCUCGAAGUGCGACGGCUGUUUUACAACGCAAAUUCUGUUCUGAUAAAUUCUGAAAUAGCGAGGCAGUCAGUUUGGCGGUCUCGUGUUUGCUGCAAACAUGGCAGGUUAUGUCGAAAGACGUUCUCUUUCUUAUCUACACCUAGAAGAUCCCAUGUUCAAGACGCAUUUUCGGAUGAACAAGGCAUGUUUUGAGAGAUUAGUGAACGCUAUUCAUCACCAUAGGAUUGUAAGUGGGAGAAUGGUGAGAAACCGUACUAACACCGGAGAAAAGACGUUGAUGGGUCUCUGGAUCUUGUUCAAUAAAGACACUUUCAGAAGCAGUGGAUCAAAUCAGGGAAGAAGCAUGGGUGUACAUCAUUACCACUACAGAGAGUUUAUCGAAAUUCUUAAUGAAAUUGGUCAUAGAUAUAUUAAAUGGCCGAAUGCUAGACAGAGGCAACAAACAGCCCGCCACUACCAGCGUAAUUUUGGGUUUCCUAAUGUGGUAGGUGCCAUUGAUGGUACCCUUGUCCCCAUAACAGCACCAAGGGAACAGAAGCAGCGGUAUGUGGACCGUAACCAUGAUUAUUCCAUCAACAUUCAGAUUGUGUCAGACCAUAAAAGGCAGAUCAGAGAUAUCUUCAUUGGUCAACCUGGCAGUGUUAACGAUGCUAGGGUAUUUCGGAGAAGCCCUUUAGCCCACUGCCUCUUCACCAGAGACGACAUGAUGCGUGCUGAUGAGCACCUCGUGGGUGAUCAGGCCUAUGCCCUGACAAACAAGCUGCUGGUACCUUAUAGAAAUAAUGGCCACCUGAAUGACAGUCAAAGGUACUUCAACUAUACACUUUCUCAGUGUCGUGCCACUGUUGAGCGGUUGAACGGUCUCCUAAAAUUAAGAAUGCAGCGUCUUGGGAAACUUUAUACCAAAGAAAUCCACACUGCUUGCCUACACAUAGGAGCAUCAGCAGUGAUUUACAAUUUCAUUUUGUUGGGAGGUGAAGAAAUGGAUGGCAUGCAGUUUGGGGAAGAUCUUCUUCCUGUUGAUGUUUUACGUGCUAUUAAUGCAAGUAAACGACUUGGUCGACGCAAAAGGGAGAAUAUCCGUGCAAAUAUUGAGGCCCUGUUUGCUCAGUAUGAGGAUUAGACAUUUCAAUAAUGCCCUUACUCUCCCAACUGUGACUCAUGACCCACAAUAUUAUUAAUUUUUUAACAUAAAUUUAUUGAGAGGAUGGCACUAGUAAUAUUUUAGUUGAACUUAAGUUAGAUCAUUUCCUAACUGCAAAUAAAGCUGGUUCGCAUCAGAUUUGUAUCACUUAAUAUUUAGUUACUAUAUUAUUGCGACCAGUUAACUUGAGAAUGGACAGUCAUUAUCAUUAAUUAAUUGUAUACAUGUCGUAUUAUAAUUUUGGCAAUUUUUGAGUAGUUCUGUCCUUUCAUAAAAGGCAGCAAUUAGCCUGACACUAGAAUUCUGUCACAGCACAAAUAUGUGGCCAUUCCUUCCCCCUCCCUUUUCAAGAAAAAGGAAGAAGGUAUACAUUUUAAUUUGUACAUGUUAGCGCUAUUAACAUCUUUGUUGUUUCCAUAGGUCAAGUUUGCAGCUGCAUGCCUUUUUGUAUAAAAUAUGACUUGUGUAGUGUGCACCAUUCACAAAUUGUAUGUAGUUAGUAUACUUCUUUGAGGUGACUAAAAGCUAUUCUUAAGAACCAGUCUGGGCUUGUUAUCCUUAUUUUUUGAAAAUAAAAAGAAUAAAUGGAAAGAUGAA